AUGACGGGUCAGUUUAAUGGCGGCUUUUACAAGGUCGAUCAUCGUGAUACGAAUACUUUGUUGUCAGUCACAUUGCUACCAAAUGCGCCCUUCUUUGCACAACCAGGCGCCAUGGUGGCUAUGAGUCCUGAAGUGCAAUUGAAGGGUAAACUCAAAUUUUCAUUCAAAAAAAUGUUGACUGGUAGUGAAAUGGCUCAGUCAACAUUUACUGGCCCAGGCGAGAUUCUUCUCGCACCACCCAUCUGGGGCGAUAUUGUUCCCAUUCAUCUCGAUGGUUCUACUCAAUGGUCAGUGGGCAAGGGUGGCUUUUUGGCGAUGACUGAUGGCGUUAUUAAAGAUACUAAAUCGCAAGGUUUUGGCAAGGCUAUGUUUUCUGGCGAAGGUCUCUUUGUCCAUCGUAUAUCGGGUGUGGGUAUUUUGUUUGUCACCUCUCUCGGCGCUAUCAUUCAAAAACAACUGCGUCCAGGAGAGCAAUGGAUUGUUGACAAUGGCCAUUUGGUGGCAUGGACUUGCUCGUAUACAAUUGAGAGAGCAGGUGGUGGCAUUAUGAGUGGUAUACAUGCUGGGGAAGGACUGGUAUGUCGAUUCACUGGCCCGGGAAUUGUAUACAUUCAGACUCGCAAUCCGGAAUCUUUAUCCGAAUGGAUUCAAAGUCACGUACGAACACAAUAA